UAUAUACGGAAGCAGACCGUGGCCUAACCGAAACGACCCCCCGCCACCGCCCCAACAGGAAGAUCUCUGCCCAAAACGGAAGAUUGUUUUCCGUGUUCAUCCGCGAGAAGACGGAAGAGUCGACCAACCCCGAGGUGGAACCAUGGCGGGCGUGUGGUGGAGACGCGCGCUGGGGCUGCUGGCGGGUGCCCGGGGCAGGCUGCCGCCUCCCGCGGGCUUCUCCGCGGCGCCGCGGCCUCCCCUGCCGCGGCUGCGGGCGCCAGGCCGAGCGGCCCUGUGGGCCCUGGGGGCGCUGGGGGCCGGCACGGUGGAGACGGCGAGGCGAGGCCUCAUGACGGGGGCAGAGGCGGACGCGGCUUUGCAGGCGCAUGGGCUGGUGGCGUCGGCCCCCGUGAGUGUGGGCCCCUCUCCGCCCGAGAUGCGCUUCUUGGAGUUUGCUUCACUGCAGCUGGGGGAGCAGAUGUACAUGACCCCCCUGGACUUCCUCGACUCGGUGACCUCCGACACAGCCAGCUGGACGAGCAGGAAGUACAUCACAAAAAAAGAGGCUGAUCGACUUCUCAAAAACACCCCCAAGUUAAAGGAAGGGUCGCUCAACUUUUUCACCUCCCAGGGCCACCGUGGAAUGCUGUCGUACACGGACUACCUCUUCCUGGUGUGCAUCCUCACCAAGCCCCGUGCCGGCUUCCAGGUCUUCUUCAAGAUGUUUGACACCGAUGGAAAUGAGCGCGUGGACAAGAAGGAGUUCAUGAAGCUGCUGAAAAUUUUUCGGAAAAAGAAGGAAAAAUCUACGAACUCGCUCGAAGAGACCACGGAGGUCGUGGGGGGUGCCCCCCCUUUGGAGACCACGCUCGUCCUUCACCUCUUCAAGGAUCAGUCCCUGAGCUACCAAGAGUUUGAGAAGUUCAUGGUGGAGCUGCAGGGCGAGGUGCUGCGGCGCGAGUUUGAGGAGCUGGCGCGCGGGACGGGCCGCGUGACGCAGCGCGAGUUCGCCAGCGCCGUGCUGCGCUACACGGGCGCGGCACACCGCGGACGCCGCAACCUCGACUCCGACGAGGGCAUCACGUUUGAAGAGUACCGGGCGUUCUUCCAGUUCCUCAACAACCUCGAGGACUUCACCAUCGCCGUGCAGAUGUACACGCGGGCAGGCCUGCCCAUCGGACCGGAGGAAUUCCGCCGCGCGGUGCUGGUGGUGACGGGCAGCCCGCUGUCGGCGCGCGUGACGCGUGUCGUCUUCUCCCUGUUCGAUGCCAACAAUGACGGGCGGCUCAGCCAGGCCGAGUUCAUCGGCGUCAUGCGGGAGCGGCUGCACCGCGGGUUCAAGAACGUGCCGUCUGUGGGUCGAUCUGGGUACGUGGACUGCGUGAAGAGGGAUAUGGUCCGGGGCCUCCAGGAGUUCCGCAGGAUGUACCAGAAGGCCUGAUGGCAUCGCCGCAUCGCAGCCAUCUCAUCACCACGUCACGUCACCCAACGUUCUACACGCAUCGUCGCGUCGCGUUACCCCACGUUCUGCACUCACCACGUGACGCGCGCCAUGGAACUCGCGGCCCAUCCCACCGUGUACCGCAUCGCGUCAGCGUUUCAUGAUCUCGCAAUGCCGUAGCGCCGCUGCGUCGUCGCACCACGCGGUGUACCUAUACGCGCGGCUGCAAGCAGCCCACGUCUCGCGCAUAGACGCUGUACGGCACGCCACGUUACAUCACAUUUAAUGGCACGUCACCGCACGCACCGUGCUGGGAUUGAACCCGGGGUCAGCCUUAACGUAUGUGCAUCUGUGUGGGGUGACCUAAAUUGUGGAGGUAGUGGUCUUUUGGCUCUGAGCGUGUCUGGACCUCUCAGCGUCUCUGGUUCUGUGCGCGCGUGUGUGUACCUUUGUAUUUUUCACUCUCCGUGCCAACGUCUUUCUGUGUUACUCUCGUGUUUCUCUGUGUCUCUUCCAUCGUCUUGAGAAAUGUCGCCCCUCAAACGGUUUUCGGCGCCGCUCACAGUCCACGAGUAGCCGCCCCAAUCGCCCAGCCGGGCCCGAUUGGCCUAACAGCCGUGUGGAAGAGCUUCAAGUUAAUUUGUUUUCAAUUCGAUUAACCAACUGAGAACUCGAGAGACCCAAAUAGUCUCGUUUGCAAGAGUGACCUGGGCAGUCUCCUCUGCCAGCAAGACUACAAAGUGAUGUUGAUAAGUGUGAUGAUUGUUACCUACGGUGAAGACAAUCUCAUGGGGUGGUGGCUGGACUAACGAUGUUAUAAAAAUAUUGAUAAUUGGGGGGGGGGGGGGGUGGGGGGGGGCGUUUGAUGCCUUUUGAGGUGUCACUUAUGCACUUGCACUGUUCAUGGUGUUGGUGUUUAUAGUGGUGGUUUUGGUAUAUGAUAAUGAGAGUGAGCUUUUUACAUUUCGCACAAAUGACGCUGCUUUGGCAGUGUCGCAUAAGUCCAAAUAGACAAGCAAAAACUGUACACAUUCGUAAAUAACAUUGCCCUGAAAGGAAAUAAUAUAUAGCUAUAAUAGGCAACAUUUUGGAUAAUGGGCCCCACUGUUUUAAAGAAGGGCCAUUGUAAGCAAGCUCGCAUGUUACACACAUUCAACUUAGUGCAUUGUUAUUAACGAAUGUGUUGAGUGUUAUCUAGACCGGUGGCUGUGUCUGGCUGCGCUGUGUUGUUAUACACAGUAACAUGUAACAUUUUGCGGAGUUUGCAGGAUAUUGUGAGGGAUGUCGGUGGUUCCCGUGAUGCUGUCUGGCUGAAACAUGUCCAGGACAACUGGCGUGCGUUGAUUGACAGUCAUUGAACCUGCACCCAUUAAAUUAGCACUGCUUGUCCACCUGAUUUUGGAUGAUCGGUAUUCGCAUAAAUGUUAUGGAAUGCAGAACAUGCUCCGUUCAACACGCAGUAUUUAGCUGCUGCGGAUGCUGCAUUAUGGAAAAUGCUCUCUUUGCUGGUUUCUGUCUAUACGUAUAUACUGGUUUCACCUUUACCUGCGAUCCUCAGCUGGUGUACCUGACAGGUAAUCUCAGAUUUACCUUUAAAAUCUGGUGCAAUGUAGUUGUGCUCCAAUGUAUGGUAAACGCAGAGCAGUUUCACCCUUACUGUGUGUGGAUCGUCGGUACAGCACAUUACCACCGAAUUACCGCCACGAUUAUCGAAGGUUGAUGUGAGGCUUUUGGGAAAGCAGGGAUGUCAAGUGUGCGUUUAAUUGAAAUGUAAUCCUCAAAACCAAGGCAUGGGCCCUACCCCUAACCCAACCAUGCCUCUAUUCAAACUCCACCAGUCCAGGGUUGCACUCGACCACCGGCUCACAGGGAAUGUACCAGGAAAAUGGCCCAGGAGUUCAGUCGUCACACUCGCUACGAAUGUGCAGCCCUUUGUCAAUCCACUGCUGGAUGACGGCCCUUCCCCAUGCCGUCUCGUCCGUGGGUGACGUUUGCCCACACGUCACCACGUUGGUCAUUGUGGGGGUGUUGAAGGGUGGGAGGAGGUAGGAGGUGCCCAGAACCGGUUUAAGUGUCACUCGCCACUGAUGGUAGCCGGGACCGGAAUCGAACUAAGGUGCGUGGGGUACAUGGCGCAGUGUGAAACCCAUUACACCGCCGCCCCCCCUCGCCACGCUUAUCUACAACUUCAAUCAUUCGCCGCACAAUUGGUGUCCAGAUUUAAGGUGUUGGGUUCGACAGUGGUGGUCCAAAUCCAGGGCAUGCCAAUUCGGACAAAUGCCUGAGCUUCCCAGUGUGCCCCCAUUCCAACCAUGGAUGGUACCCAACCCUAGACCGACCCUAACCCCAAACCCGAACCGUGUACAGUCCACGUCCACCAGUCCCAUCGGACGCAUCCGGCGUGCACUUUCGGACUCCGUACAGGGGCAGUGCUUGUCGACGCACCUUUGGGGCUUCUUGUGUGUAAAUGUCGUUAUUGGGAUGUAUAAUAAACGAUGUUGGGUUGA